AUGUGGACUCCUGCAUUUGCCAAUAUUAUGCGUGACAACAUGCUUAUCAAUGUUUCUGGAAUAGAUGGUCAUUUUAUGGGAAUUGAUACAAAUAUUGAACACUUAAUCAAGGAAAUCAAGAGACUGGCUACAGCCAAAGGAAUACAUUCUGAUUGGGAAAAAUUUGGGCAUCUGUCUGCAUGUUUGAAGGAGAUUCAGAUUUUGAAAGAUCAAGUGGGAAGGAGUUUGGAAACAUCAUACAAGAACAAAACAUCAAAGAAAAUAAAUACAACAAUGCUUGUAUGGAGAAUAGUGGAACAUGCAGCAGAGUAUGAUAUCCUAACUAUCAAUCCUGAUCGUGAAGGAAAUCUGAAUUGCAAACCAUUAACUGACCUUCAUGCUAAAGGACAUGCUCAGCUGGCUUCCUCUUCACUUUCUACAUUCAAUAAACGUAUAAAGGCAUUCAUUGAAGGUAUGCCAUUUGAGGAAGAAAAAGAUAUGCUGCCAGUAAUGGAAUUCAAUAAUGAAUUAGAUGAAGGUUUUGAUAACUAA